AUGACGACGGUUGAGAAGAUCAAGGAGAUCGAGACCGAAAUGGCGAGGACCCAGAAGAACAAAGCUACGUCCUACCAUUUGGGUCAACUGAAAGCGAAGCUCGCAAAACUCAAGCGUGAACUUUUGACGCCUAGCUCUUCGGGAGGUGGUGGUGCUGGUGUUGGUUUCGAUGUCGCCCGUACCGGUGUUGCCUCCGUCGGUUUCAUUGGAUUCCCCUCGGUUGGAAAGUCUACGCUCAUGUCAAAGUUGACCGGCACUCACUCUGAAGCAGCUGCUUACGAAUUCACAACUCUUACUACGGUUCCCGGUGUCAUGCAAUACAGAGGUGCCAAGAUUCAGGUCCUUGAUUUGCCCGGUAUUAUUCAAGGUGCUAAAGACGGUAAGGGUCGUGGUCGACAAGUUAUUGCUGUCGCACGGUCUUGUUCCCUUAUCUUCAUCGUCCUCGACGUGUCUAAACCUCUGACCGACAAGAAGCUCAUCGAGAACGAAUUGGAAGGUUUCGGUAUUCGUUGCAAUAAGGAGCCGCCCAAUAUCCUCUUCAAGAAGAAGGAUAAGGGAGGUCUUAACAUCACCAACACCGUUCCUUUGACGCAUUUGGAUUACGACGAGAUUAGAGCUGUCACGAGCGAGUACAGGAUCUCCAGUGCGGAUAUCUCGUUCAGAUGCGAUGCUACUGUCGACGAUUUGAUCGAUGUGUUGGAAGGAAACCGUGUUUACAUGCCGGUUGUCUACGUUCUGAACAAGAUUGACGCUAUCUCAGUCGAGGAGUUGGACUUGAUUUACCGCAUUCCUAACGCUGUUCCUAUCUCGUCCAAUCACGAGUGGAACUUUGAUGAGCUGUUGGAGAAGAUGUGGGAUGCGUUGAACUUGGUUCGAAUCUACACGAAGCCUCAUGGCAAGCUACCAGACUAUUCGGCACCCGUUGUUCUGAAGAGGGAUGCCUGUACUGUUGAAGACUUCUGUGACGCUAUUCACAAGCAAAUUAAGGCUCAGUUCAGGCAUGCGUACGUUUGGGGAAGCUCCGUAAGACACAACCCGCAGAGAGUCGGUUUGAGUCACCUCUUGGCUGAUGAGGACGUCGUUUCCAUCAUCAAGAAAUGA